AUGGAACAAGGGAAGAGGAAACGGCGACAGGACGGCGAAGUUGACGUGAAGAGACGGAAAUCCGAAGAGUCUAUCAGUGGAGUGGGGAAGACGAAGACAACGGUGACGGCAACGGAAGAUGAGGUGGAGGAGUUCUUUGCCAUACUGAAGAGGAUCCACGUGGCAGCUAAUUAUUUCAAGAACAAAGACGGAGGGAGAGGCCGUGAGUUGACGGCGGAAGGUUGGAGAGCGGUUGUGAAAGGCGAGACGGAGACGGAGACGGAGACGGAGGUUUUAGGCGGAGAUAACGGCGUUGAAGACGAAACUGAAAGUAAUGAAGUUUGUGUUGAGACGGAGAUGAAGAAGAGAAGAGGUUUGGAUCUGAACUUGGAGCCUCCGCCUCCGUCAGAAGAGUUAUAA